AUGAAGACUUAUCUUUUCGUCCUCACCGCGCUUCUUCCUCUGGCUACCAAGCUUGCCAUCGCAGGCCCGGUUCCCGUUGACUCGCUCGACGCCAGGGCUGACGAUGAUGACGCCGAGCGGCUGGCCGCUCGCCAGACCGUUCCUCCUCUAAGGACUGGACCCGUUGUGGCCGUCGACCCCCCUCACAUGACGACCCGCGUUCAUCCUCGCCCAACCGACGCCCCAGUCACCACCACUGCGAAGACCACCACCGAACCGACAGGCAGGCCUCCCAAGUCGUCGAAGACAUCGUCGGGAAAGAACACCAAGGAAACCGAUAAGCCUCCCCCGGCGGGUGGCAGCAGCAGCAGCAGCAGCAGCACUACUAACAACAACAAUAACACCAACCAGAUCAAUAAUAUCAUCAAUGCCAUCACAGGCGGAGCCGGUGGCUCUGCUGCUGCCGCUGCCGCUCCUGGCGGUGGUGAUGGUGAUAGUGACGGAGACAAAGGAGGAGAUGGAAGGAAUAAUAGAGGUGGCCAUCGCUGCCGUGUAGAUCGAGGCUUCGAUUAUUACAAAUUCCCUUGUCAAUCCAGUUUCACUGUUGGCAGAGCCACCCGUGGAUCUACCGUGAUCUCUCUGUCGCUAUCGCGGAGGGCACGCUACUACAAAGGAAUGGGCGAGAGACGACGAUCUUCCUCGCCGUUGCCGUGA